AUGUCCACCCCUGGGUUUUGCGACGACUGCUUUAAGGUUUGUAAGCAUGAAGGCGAACCUGUGGGCAAGUUGCUCACGAUUGGUGGCGUGAAAUGCUACGUCGCUACCCCUCAGGGUGACUAUCCGAAGGACAAGGUUGUCCUCUUCCUUACCGAUCUCCUCGCCGACGGCUUUGCGCAGAACGGUCUCAAGACAAUCGCCCCUGAUAUCCUUCUUGGCGACUCGCGUACCCCGGAGACCUUGAGUGAUCCAAGCUUCGACCGGGCUACGUGGAUGGCCGCGCAUGGCCCAGAGUCGUGGAAACCUGUCGUCGACGCUGUAAUCGCUGUCCUCGGGGAGCAGGGCGUGACACGCUUCGGCACGACUGGGUACUGCUUCGGCGCGCCACCUGCGUUCUACCUCGCGUUCAAAAACGAGAGUCAUGUCACAGUGCUGGCGCAUCCGUCGCGGCUUGAUUGUCCGGCAGACCUGGAGGCGAGUGCGUACAAGGCCGAGUCAAAGGCGCCGCUCCUGAUCAAUAGCUGCGAGGUCGAUGCGCAAUUUCCGCACGAGAGGCAGAUCAUGGCGGACGAAAUCUUCGGCGGAGGCAAGUUUGCCCCUGGCUAUGAGCGUACAUAUUGGGAGGGAUGCAAUCACGGAUUUGCGGUCAAGGGCGACUUGAGCAACCCCAAGGUGAAGGCAGGAAAGGAAGGCGCCUUCAAAGCCAGCGUUGAGUUUUUCAAGAAAUACUUGUAG